CCACCGCGUAACCGGAAGUCGGGUUCAAAGGUAAAAGGUCACGAUAUUCUCUUCCUGCGUGGUAACGCGGGGUAAAAAUGACUACUCUCCGAGCAUUCACUUGCGACGAUUUGUUCAAAUUUAACAAUAUUAAUCUGGACCCACUGACGGAAACUUAUGGCAUCCCGUUCUACCUACAGUACCUUGCUCACUGGCCGGAGUACUUUAUUGUGGCUGAGGCACCGGGAGGUGAAUUAAUGGGCUACAUCAUGGGCAAGGCCGAGGGCUCGGUGGCUCGGGAGGAGUGGCACGGACAUGUGACCGCGCUGUCUGUGGCCCCUGAGUUCCGGCGCCUUGGACUGGCUGCUAAGCUGAUGGAGCUGCUGGAGGAGAUCUCAGAGAGGAAAGGAGGCUUCUUUGUGGAUUUGUUCGUCCGGGUCUCCAACCAAGUGGCGGUGAACAUGUAUAAACAGCUGGGCUACAGUGUCUAUAGGACUGUCAUUGAAUACUAUUCUGCCAGCAGCGGGGAGCCCGAUGAGGAUGCGUAUGAUAUGAGGAAGGCACUGUCAAGAGACACGGAGAAGAAGUCCAUCGUCCCCCUGCCGCACCCGGUCAGACCCGAAGACAUAGAAUAACCAAGCGCUGUGACUCUCUUUCGGUUAAGCCCGUGCAAACAUACUGUAAAUAUGCCCCAAAAAGGAAUAUUCUCUGACAGACCCCAGUGUUUAGUUUUUAACUUAUUUAUUUUGAUCAUGGGAAGAUAUAAAAUCUGCAAUGUGAAAAAUGGUUUACUUUGGCACAUUUUAAUACGGUCCCAGGCUCGUCAUGGGGUUAGGCUUACAGGCUGGACAGCUGUAUGUAUUAGGAACAUUUAGUUACUGCUAGAGAGUCACAGCUAUACAUAUUUUUAUUUUUAAUUUUUUCACUUGUACUACAGAUAUGCUGGGGGGAGGGAAUAAAAUUCAUAUACAAUGA